UCGGGGGAGCGCCGGCGGCUCCGGGUGCCGGAGGGUGCGGAGGAGAGCGCGGCGCACGCAGGGUUGGGCCCUCGCGCGGCCGGGGCUGCAGGCAGUAGGCUCCCGCGCCCCCCGGGCCCACCAUGGGAGGCCAGUGAAGGAGCGGAGCGGAGCGGAGCCGCUGCUAGCCCCGCAGGCGCCGCCUGCCCCCCCCGGCUGCCAACAUGAAAGACGACUUUGCAGAAGAGGAGGAGGUGCAGUCCUUCGGUUACAAGAGGUUUGGCAUUCAGGAGGGGACUCAAUGUACCAAAUGUAAAAAUAAUUGGGCACUGAAGUUUUCCAUCAUAUUACUAUAUAUUUUGUGCGCCCUGCUAACAAUAACAGUGGCUAUUCUGGGAUACAAAGUUGUAGAAAAAAUGGACAAUGUUACAGGUGGCAUGGAAACAUCCCAUAGAAGAUACAAUGAAAAACUCACAGAAGUGGAAAGUGGUCUGAAGAAAUUAGAUGACCAAACUGGACAAAAAGCUGUGAGCACUAACACAGAACUUUCUGGCUUCAGAGCUGACAUCCUAGCCCUUCGCCAGCAGCUUCAGGAGGUUUCAGAGAAAACUACCAAAAACGAGGACACACUGGAGAAGCUGCAAGAGUCUGGAAAUGCAUUAGAUGACAGGCAGAGCCAAAUGAAAGGUGUCCUGGAUAGCAACUCUUUCAUGAUCAUCGGUGUCAAUAAAACUCUCCAGGCAUACACUGGCUACAUCAACAAUCUUCAGCAGGACACAAGUAAUAUUCAAACAAAUUUACAAAACCAAAUGCAUUCACAUAAUGUGGUCAUCAUGAAUCUGAACAACUUAAAUCUGACACAAAUCCAGCAGAGGAAUCUUAUCAAUGUUUUGCAAAAGUCUAUGGAAGAUACAAGUUUGGCUAUCAUAAGAAUCAAGAAUGAUUUUCAAAAUCUGCAGCAAGUUGUCCUUCAAGCACGGAAGGAUACUGAUUGGCUUAAGGAGAAAGUGCAAAAUUUACAAACAUUAGCAGCAAACAACUCAGCAUUGGCCAAAGCCAACAAUGACACACUUGAAGACAUGAACAGUCAGCUCAGCUCAUUCAGUGGGCAAAUGGAGAACAUUACCGUGAUCGCACAAGCCAAUGAACAAAACCUUAAGGAGCUACAAGAUCAGCACAGAGAUUAUGAGAACAGAACUGCUUCCAAAUUUAACCAAUUUGAAGAACGAUUUCAGGUCUUUGAAACAGAUAUAGUUAAUAUCAUUAGCAAUAUCAGCUAUACUGCUCAUCAUCUACGGACAUUGACAGGUAAUCUCAAUGAGGUCAGGACAACUUGUACAGACACCUUAAGUAAACAUUCCGAUGAACUGCUUUUUAUGAACAACACAUUAGCCAAUAUUCGCUUAGAUUCUACAUCUCUCAAGAUGCAACAGGAUACGAUGAGAUUAAGAUUAGAUACUGAAGUUGCAAAUUUAUCAGUAAUUAUGGAAGAAAUGAAGCUGGUGGAUUCCAAGCAUGGUCAGCUAAUCAAGAACUUCACUAUAUUGCAAGGACCUCCAGGUCCAAGGGGGCCUAAAGGUGAAAGGGGGCCUCCAGGGUCUUUUGGCCCAACUGGUGCAAAAGGACAGAAAGGAGAAAAGGGAGAGCCAGGACCACCAGGACCGGCAGGUGAAAAGGGCCCCCCUGGUCCAAUUGGGCCACCCGGAGAAAAAGGUGGAAAAGGUUCCAGAGGAUCACCUGGCUCCAAAGGUCAGAGAGGCUCUCCAGGCAAGACUGGCCUGCCAGGACCAACUGGAGAUCCAGGACCACCAGGACCACCUGGUAAAGAUGGUCCUCCAGGUCCACAGGGCCCACCUGGAUUUCAAGGAUUGCAAGGAACGGUUGGAGAGCCAGGGGUACCUGGACCUCGAGGACUGCCUGGUCUGCCUGGAAUACCAGGACUACCUGGUCCAAAGGGGCCACCUGGGCCUCCUGGCCCCUCUGGUACAGGAAUGCCAAUGGCCCUGCAGAGUGAACCAACAUCAACACCUGAGGCUAAUGGUUGUUCUGCUCACUGGAAGAACUUUACAGAGAAAUGCUAUUACUUUUCAUUUGAGAGAGAAAUUUUUGAAGAGGCAAAGUCUUUCUGUGAAGAAAGGUCAUCGCAUCUGAUUAUCAUAAACAACAAAGAUGAGCAGCAAUGGAUUAAAAAACAGAUUGCAGGGAAAGGCAGCUUCUGGAUUGGGCUUACGGAUUCAGAACAUGAAAACCAGUGGAAAUGGUUGGAUGGAACCUUACCAGUGUACACAAACUGGAAAACUGGGCAACCUGAUAACUGGAGCCCUGGGAAUGGACCAGGAGAAGAUUGUGCAGGGUUAAUCUCUGCUGGGCUCUGGAAUGACUUUCACUGUGAAGAUAUUAACAACUUUAUUUGUGAAAAAGAUAUGGACAAAGCCCAAACAUCUGGAGCACAAUAGGCUGUGAAUUCGUAGAUGCUUACAAAUGAUUAAAAUCUCCUUGAAGAAGAGAAAUCCUAUGGGACUGCAUCAUCUCCCAACAAAAUUGAAAGAGGAAGCACUGAAAACUGGCUUAAUAGGGGGAAAAAAAGAAUUCAGCCACAACUCUUC